CCUCACUAUAUUUUUUCUACUGUUCGUCGUAUAUGAUGUUUAUGGACGAUGAGGAAGAGUUAGAAUUACUACGUCAAUACGAAGAAAACAACCCUAAUGCAAGCGAUAGAGAAAGUCAAGCUAGUGAUGAGAUCGAUAGCGAUCUUGAAGAUAAGAUUAUGAGUUUAGUGCACUAUCAAACUGGUGUUGUGGAUAGUGCUCCGCCGCCAUCGAAACCGGCUCCUGAAACAGUAUCAAUACCUGAGCCAUAUGUUAGAAUCAAAGAUCUCUCUAAAGAAAAGGCAUUUGAAAAGUCGGCACCAAAGGUUGUUUAUGCGCCGAUCGAUGUCAAUGGCACAGGUGUUUCAAACUAUUCUGCUAAUGCCGAGCUUCAAUUAGAUGAGCCAAAUUCUGAUGUAGAGAUGUAUGAGGUCGAUAGCAGUGAGGGGAGUGAGGAAGAGGGCGAAAUUCGCUCUAGUGAAGAGGAAGGCCUUACAAGUGAUCUAUCCGUGCAAAGCAGCCCUGAAGAAGAUAUAGCGGACGAGGAAUUAGAUAAAGGAAAUAACAUUGAAGAAACAAUGCAUGUGGCUCCAAAAGUCACGAGAGUUAUUGAUAUGGACGAGGAUCCUUUAGUUGAAGACGAGAAAGUUACAGUGACUGAAAGGGAAGUGAACCUUGGGGUUAAAGACCUCAUUGAGGAACAGGCACGGAGUAAUUUCCUUCGUAUGUACGAUCGAGGCCCUUGCCACAGCUGUUGGCAACGUGGCCACUACGCAACCAAUUGCCCAAAUUGUAGACGGUGUGGCGGGCCUAAGCACGGCCGUUGUGCUGGUGCUGACUACUGCUACAAAUGUAAGCAACGAGGUCAUUUCCAAGAAGAUUGUGUGAAUCCAAAAGAAAAUGAACCUUGUAAACGUUGUAAAGCAUUUGAUCAUCAGACAAAUUAUUGUCCGAGCAUAUACAUUGUAUAUAAAGGCAAAGGACAACCUCAAACACAAUUCCGACCAUACUGUUUUUUCUGUGGACGGAAAGGCCAUUAUGGAGACGAUUGUCCUUCAAAAAGUUCUAAACCGAACUUCUAUCCCUAUCGCCAAUCUAAUAAUGCUAAUGACUUUUCGAGGAAUUCAAGAUACCAGUCUCAACAUAGACGCUUCAAAGAAUCUGAUUAUGACGAUGGCAGUCAAAGCAGUGUUUACAGUGACUCUGGCUCUAGCCUUGCUUCGAAGCGAAGGAAAAAUAAGAAGAGAAGAAGACAAGAAGAUGAUAAUACACCAGAAAGCAGAGCAGAUUAUAGAAAUGAUAGAGUAGAAAAGCGUAAUAAAGCAAAUGACAGUGCUUUAGACGCUUUUUUUGUACCAUCUCAGAGGAGUAAUUACAACACACGAAGAUCGGGAAAUAUGAACUGGAGAGCAAUCAAUGAAAUGAACAUGUUGCCACAGCCUACUCGAUCUGGCACUGUUGAUUUUAACCAACAAACAACAGGAUUCGAAACUGACUUUCCUCGCAGCAAUCCUUCAUUACCAAAACCGACAUCCAGUGGUGUUAUUGACUUGACGGGAAUGGAUGGUACUUCCUCGUCAUCCUCACAGAGAAAACCAAAGUAUCACGGUGGCUACAAACGCCGUUAAGUCUUUGACAUCACGACCUUUCAUUAGAAGUUUCUGAAUUUGUCUGUAUAUACAAAUAUACCAUUUAAUAAAUGCAUCGUCUUUUCACGAGUACUGCUUUCUUUAUAACUCCACUAUCGGAGAAGCAAAG